UUCGGAAGAUGUCAGGAAUUGACCUUGGUUAGCCAGCGGAGGAGACUCUGCAAAAGGAAGAGAAUACAGACUCAGCCCUACUGCAGGCAGCACAGUCGGCCUGAAGCUGGCCGAGACCAGCCCCCUGUGGUACCUGCAAUUCCUGUGGGACAGGCCGGUCAGGCAAUGCCUGUAGGACAGGCGGGUCCUGCAAUGCCUGUGGGACAGGCCGGUCCGGCAAUGCCUGUGGGACAGGCGGGUCCGGAGUUUCACUCACGCACCGUAUGUUUUUCUUUUGCAGGUCGGCCCGGCAAUGCCUGUGGGACAGGCCGGUCCAGUCAGGCAAUGCCUGUAGGACAGGCGGGUCCUGCAAUGCCGGUGUUGCAGGCGCAACCAAUACUGGCAGCAAACGACAGGUAA